UUUUCUUGUCAUUUCGGUUGUUGGAAUUGUGUGUGCUGCUGCUGCUUCUGCAUUGUGUUUGCUGUGCUGUGCUUGUCUGUCUUUUUUUUGUCAUCGAAACAAAAAAAAAUCGUGUGUGUGAUUUCCGGUUUUCGUUUUGUUCUGUUUUUUUUUUAUUUUGCGUGAAUCAUAAACCAAUCAUGAAUAUCAAUAAUAUGUUAUUUGCCAUAAUGUUAUUAUUGUUUAUGCCAUUGGCAAUGGCACAGCCACCACCACCAGUAUUACAACGGGAUCCGCAUUCAAUUACAUUGCAUGAAUUAUUAGUAUCACACGGCAUUCAAAAUGGACAAAUGGCAUUGGUUAUGGUUGCACCACUUAAUGCUGAACAAGCAUUACAAGCUAGUGCCGGCACCUUACAAAAUCAAUUGGUAAAUCGUCCAUUAUUGGUACAAUCACCAGCACAAGAAGUGAAUGUUCAUUAUCGUUCACAAUCGGCACCAUUGAAUGUACAACAUACACAUAUUCCAGCACCAAAACCAGAAUUGCAACUAUCUCGUUCGGAAGAAGAGCCACAUAAAUUGGUACACGAAAUUGUUAGGCCAGUCAUACAGGAAGUACGUGAAAUUAUUCAACCAUAUCGUCGUAUCAUACAGGAAAUUCGUCCAGUACAAGAAGAAUUGGUACAGAAAAUUGCUAAAAAUUCUAAUGUUCAUUAGAAACGAUGAAAAAUAAAGAAUGGCCAAAUCAAUCAAUCAACAUCAAUUUUCAAACCGGAAAUGGAAUUUUAUUUGGAAUCAAUUUUUUUUCAAUAUAUAUCUCUUUUUCUCCACUUACAUCGACCAACCGGAGGGAACAAAUUAUCAUUUUUUUUCCUUCUCAUUUUGUUAAUGAAUAAAAAUGAAUCUAUUUGAUCCGAUAAA